AUGAUAAUUUCUGCGCAGUUUGUAUUUGGGAAGUUAUUUGCCCAAGGAGAGACAUAUCGGCUUUUAAGUGGUACAGAAUAUGUUGUUGGACGCAGAAACUGUGCGAUUUUAAUUCAGGGUGAUCAGUCCAUCAGUCGAAGUCAUGCAGUUCUGACAGUUAGUCAUCCUGAAACAAACCCUAACCAGUCUUUCUCAGUCCCUACGUUAACAGUAACAGAUUCAUCUAAGUAUGGUACCUUUGUUAAUGGAUCAAAACUCAAUGGCAGUUCAGCAUCUUUGCAGUCUGGUGACAGAAUCAACUUUGGAGUCUUUGAAAACAAGUUUAGAGUAGAAUAUGAGCCUUUGGUUGUCUGCUCCUCAUGUUUAGAUGUAGCUCAGAAGACUGCUUUAAAUCAAGCCAUCCAGCAGCUUGGGGGCCUUGUAGUGAAUGAAUGGACAAAAGAGUGUACUCACCUUGUAAUGGUAUCAGUAAAAGUUACUGUUAAGACUAUAUGUGCUUUGAUCUGUGGUCGACCGAUUAUAAAACCAGAGUUUUUUGUUGAAUUAAUCAAAGCUAUUCAAUCCAGGCAGCAGUUGCCAAAUCACGAAAG